UGAGGUGGAGGGGGGCCAGAAGAAGAGGGGUCAGCAGCACCUGGGCAACAGCUUCGAGGGGUCCUGCCUCCCAGUCCUUGCCCCCAAGUCGUGACACCACUCUGUGCCAUUUCAAGACCCAGUGGCCUGUCAAAUAAAGCCUUUGGGGCCAGGACCGUGCAGCCCUGGGCAGGGAGUAUAAGUGGACCAGGGAUGCAUUAGAGGAUAUUGAAGUGGGGCUUCUGACCCUGGCAUAACUUUCCAGGGGCGCCCUCCCAAGUGGGCUGGUUACCAUGAUCACUGCUGGCAGGUGUUAAUUGGCCUAAGAGCUAGUCUAGAAAUCCCUUUCCAUCUCUUUUAUUAGGGGACCUGGGAACAAAUCCAAGAUUCCCCUCCAACCCCAGUCACAGGAGAAGACUAGUUUCCUCAUCAGUGAAAAGGGAUCCCCAGAGGAACCUAGGAGCUCCCAGUCCCCUGUCCGGCUCUGUAAUAAGUACAUUUGUUAUGGGAUUCACACUGCAACUUUUGGACCCAGAGCAAGGGGUAUGGGCUCUGAGGAUCCCAGAAGACUCAGUGAUAUCCCUUGCAAUAUCCUCUGGUUGCGUACUCCUAAUCUGCGAGGAGCCUAGAGGAGAAGAAUUGGCCAGUUGGUGUCUAUUUAUAGAGACUUGUUCUGAAAUGAAGGGGCAGGUAUCCAUGAAGCUGAUCCCUUAUUGCCUAUGAUGGGUCCUUUGUGUUCCUUGUAUAUUCCUGCAGGACACUGAUUUGUCCUAUCCCCAGGGGGUAAUGAAGGGGGUGUGCUCUCUUAUCUCCUCCCCUGCUGGCCCCUGGGGCCCACAGCUCCUGGGCUGGCUGUAUAAAGCCAAGCCGGCAGCCCCUAUUGCUCUCAUUGCAGCAGCCAGCUGGGACAGAAGCCGGUCCUGACAGUCCUGAUACAAACCCUUGUCAUCACAACCUGGAGAGCACAGGGGCAUCUUCAAGAUGGGGACAGUGUGGCUCAGCUGCUCCCUGAGCAUCCUAUACCUGGCCUGUGCCUGUGCGAUCGAGGCUGACGAGAUCCAGAAGGCCUUGCUGAGACACCUCAGCCUCAAGGAACCUCCUGUCCUGGACAAGGCUGAGCUGGGCAGCCUCGUCAUCUCCGAUCCCCUGAGAAGUGAUUACCUGAGACGUUUGAGGCAGAGCCGGGCGAUGCCCUUAUCUCGGGGGAAGAGGAGUCAUGCCAGUAUAAGAGAGAUUGUGGGCAGAGUCACCUUCACAGAGGUCAACGUUCAGCUACUGACCUUCGACAUGAUGGGCCGGAUCCCCUUCAACAGUGAGGUGCAGCGAGCCUUGCUGAAGCUCUACAAGAAGCAGCCCCGGAAGGCAGACAUCAAGCGGAUCCACCGGCUCCAGCCCUACUCUCCGGUGACCCACGUCCGCGUGGAAAUCCAGUGGGUGCACAUCCGAGCAGAUGGUACCAACAGGACUUUCCUGGUCGACUCCAGGCCGCUGGAUAUAUUCGAGUCAGGCUGGCUGGACUUUGACGUGAUGGAUGCCGUGCAAUACUGGCAGCAGCUGGCUCAGCCCGGGGAUCCGAUGCUGCUGGGCAUACGCAUCAGGGGAGACGGGGCGGGCAAGGAGUACUCCAAUUUGGUCAAGGCUAUCCACUUUGCCAUCGAAGACCCUUCCGACAGACACUAUGAGCCCCAGCUGGAACUGCAUACUCUGGACCUGUCAGAAUAUGGGGCCCAAGAUGACUGCGGCGGCCACGGCGUCACCCGCUGCUGCCGGCAGUUGAGAUACAUCAACCUCCAGGAGCUCCCCUGGGCCCACGCCUGGAUCCUGGAGCCCCCCAUCCUCCAACUCUACGACUGCGUGGGGAGCUGUCGGCAGCCCCCGCCCCGGGCCCUGCCGUCCGCUGAGCGAAAGUGCAUCCCUGUCGACACCAGAUCCAUGCCCAUGAUCGUCGCCCUUAAGGACGGAAACCACGCCGAGGCCCAGGUGGUCGAGUUACACAACAUGAAUGUGCUCAAGUGUGGAUGUGUCUCCAGUGGCUCACGGCCCAGGGUCUCCGGAGCGGCAAGUGGCAAGGCGGCCCAACUGGCCACGUAGGCCUCAGACCUGAUCUGCUCUUCCUCAUUUCUUCAGUAGGGAACACCUAGAGAGUGGGAGGGGGUGUGAGUCACUGAGAGUCUUAGGAGCUGGAAGGGCUAGUGUUGGGAGCUUUCUUAUCCUACCUCAUACCCUUCCCUGAGGAACCACCCCCUCUUCUAAGCACUUAAAUGUGUAAAUGCAAUAGGAAAGGCAUGGGCUUGGAUUGUUCCCUGCCAGUCAGCACUCUCUCCUAGUAGCAUCCUUGAUUUGAACUUGGGUAGCUGAUCUUCAGUUCCAAGUGUGUCAAUUCGGGGCUCAAGUUGGGGUGUAGAUAUGUCAUAUAUGAAUUUUUUGUGUUCUGACCAGCCCUUCUUCAGGGUUAAUAGCAAUAAAAUA